CUGCCGGGAGACGCAAAGCUUUGAAUGAGGUGACGUCAAGAAGAGACCUGUCACUGUGUUUACCUUGGUGAAGGUGAUUGCAACACCGUUCAGAGAGAGAUGUGAGAGGAUGAAUAUGAUGUGAAGAGCAAAGAGAGCGGACAGGAAGCACAACAGUGAGGAGCCAGAGAAAGAUCAAGAAUUGUAGAGUACUUUGUGGAGUUUAUUAUCCGGAAACCACCAUGUUGCAGAGUUGUGCUAGGCUACUGCGGGUUGGGUCUACCCUCUGCCAUCAAAAUAGUCUGAAACAAACUUCCAUUUCCAUGCCACAAUGUUUCUCAGUCAGCCAUCCAUAUUCUUCUGGGACAUUGCGAGAUUUUGGUUUCCCAAAUGAUACAUGGAGCCAGAACAUGGUGAAUUUAUAUAAUAGAUUUUUGGAACUGAGUAAGGAUGGCAGCUGGAGGCGGAUUCCUUCUUUCAACACCACUGUACAUCACAUGGAAGGCCCUUCCAUUCCUUGCCUAGGUGACAUUGUGGAGCCACGGCAAGAGAAACGUCUUUUUACCAGGAACUUAGAUAAAGAUGGUGUUGGGUUUGAGUACACUAUGUUCUACAACAUUGCAAAGAAGAGGAUGGUUACCCUUUUUCAAUCUGGGCCGUACUUGGAAGGACCACCUGGGCUCACACAUGGAGGCUGCAUUGCAACCAUCAUUGACAGCACAGCUGGAGCCUGUGUUUUGUGCACCUAUGGGAGUGUCAUGACAGCAAAUCUAAAUGUCAACUACCGCAACCCAAUACCACUGGGAAGUACUGUAAUUGUGGAUAGUCAGGUGGACAAGGUAGAAGGGCGAAAAAUAUAUGCCAGCUGUCAGAUCCGAAGCCAUGACGAUGCUUUGCUUCACACAGAAGCCACAGCUCUGUUCAUCAAGCUGAACCCUUAAGAGGAGAAUUCUACUGACUGACCUAAAGAUUCUAACGGCAAAAUAGACUAGUGUUUGCCACUAUUGAUCUCUGACAUUUAAUAGCAAAGCAAAAGUUUGCAAUUGCAAGACAAAAGAACAUAGUAUACACAUUUUUUGCUGGCAUUUCUCAUUUACUAGCUGUAGCUUCUUGUAUUGCCAGAUAAGUUUUAUUUGUAACUGUUCUACAGUUCAUCAAAUUCUGCACCAUGGAACCUUUGCUCAACAACUGUCCAGGAUGUUCUAUCAUAUGGUCACAUCAGUGUUUGAAGGCAUCUUCUUCUGAUCACCAUUAUAUAUAACUGUUACUAAGUACCGUGGGUUUGCAAAGCUCCAGAAUCCUACAAUGCUGCAGUGGGAACUCUUCAUUCUGGGUGUUCAGUUUUGGACAUCCCCAGAUGACAAAUAUUUUUACUACAUCCAGUCAAGUCUUUUAGAAUUAUUUUUCUAGAAGAGGCUGCACAACUCUACUUGAAAAACAAAACUCCUUUAUAUUUUAUGACAAAAGUAUUUAUGGUGGGUAUAUUUUUUAGCAUUCUCUUUUUGUAUGACGAAAUGCCUCACAUUAGGAUCUGCAAACAAAAUGUAUAAGGUGUGAGUGCUGUUUCAUAAAGGCUAACAUUAUAAAGUCAAUAGCUUAAAAUGUAGUGGUUGGUGCUUUUUGUGUCUAAUUUGAUCAUUGAUUCUAGAGAACCAAAAGUAAUUUUACUGCCAUUGUCUGUUUAUAUUAAAGGGACAUUAAACACUUUGAGAUGGUAAUAUAAAAUGAUAAAUUGUAUAUAUUAAAAAAACCUCUGCAAUAUA